UAAGAACUGUAUACAUUUGUAUUAUCUGUGCAAUUAUUUGGACCCGAUUCGGAGCAAUAGGAAACAGCUCGUUCAGUUGGUUUUGUUCGCGCAUGGGGCCGCACUUGUUUUAAUUAAAAAUAAAAGUUUUUUUUGUGUCCUGUAAGAAGUUACAAAACCGCCACAGAUGUUGAAAAUGGGAUGUGGCUUGUCCAAAGACAAUGCAGAAGCAGGGAAGAUAAGCCGGGAUAUUGAUAGGCAAAUUAAAACAGAAACGAAGGCAUUCCAGGAACAAAUCAAACUCCUGCUACUUGGGGCUGGUGAAUCAGGCAAAAGUACGAUUGUCAAACAAAUGGUCAUUAUUCAUAAAAAUGGAUUUUCAGAAGAAGAAGUUUAUAAAUUCAGACCUAUUGUGUUUGGGAAUGUAUUGCAAUGCAUGCUGUCGAUGGUGGUAGCUAUGAACAAGUUAGGAAUACAAUAUGAAGACAAAGAAAGAGAGAACGAUGCGGGCAAAUUGCUAGCAGCUGCUGCAGCAAACACAGAAGACAUUGGUGGAACUAUCGGACAAUGUAUAAAAAACUUGUGGCAAGAUGGUGGAAUACAAGUGGGUGAUGUUAAAUAUUGUACAAAAUACAACUUAGUAAAUGGUGUACAAAUACAACCCAAUCACUAUAUAUAUUUUCUAUGUGAAUAUGAUACUGUGUAGUACCUGAUAUAUAGG